AUGACUAACUCUGAAGAUCGUUCGCCAAGCCCCGAAUUCACUGAGGCCGGCAAGCGCCCUUGGGUGGCCAGCUAUGAUGCUUUUGAGCAGACGAGUGGCCUUCACGUCGGAGACAAAGUGCGCCUUCGCGACUCCAAUGGAAGUUGGUUGGGGCCUUAUUUGAUUGCCACGCUUCCAGCGCCUGGAAAGUGCACGCUGAGCUUAGAGAAUGGAAAGCCGCUGGGUAACGGCGAGAUCGACAUUAGUGUGAUUAAGGCUGCCUGA